UACAUACAUGCUUCAAUGCCUAUCACAAUUGCCAAGAAAACCUGGCAAGAAGAGUGUUUGUCGCUCACGCUAGAGGAGAUUGUCCACAUACGCAGUGUGCUGACCAAGGCGGAAUUGGAGAGUCUUCCAGUUGAGGGACAUGUCAAGGAGGAUGCGGAAAAGCGGAAAGUGUGCUUCCUAUGUAUGAAGACAAGGUUCAGCAUAUUUGGCCCCUGGGGUCAAAUCUGCAAAUUAUGUAAACGAACUGUAUGCAACAAAUGUUAUUCAAAAAUGCGGAUACCUACGGAGCACUUCUCACACGUGCCAGUGGUGGCUCUCAGCCCAGGCUUGCUGUCUCCGGACACGGACGACACGUUCCCCGCGUGCACUGUACAAUCGGCUGGUGGUCCUGAGCGUCAAGCUAUUGGCAGCGCUCCUGCUAGUCCUAAACUGAACCGCUCGGCUCCCGCCUCACAGAUGUCCACCAGCUUGAUAUCUGACCCGGGCCACCAGUCUCUGCCGCCCAGCAGCACCCUCUCCACUCCCACUGGCACCCUCAGAGCACGAUUUUCCCGCUCAAAGACUCUAGGUCGACCAGAAGAGAAGGCAGAAAAGCUCAAGGGUUUGGAAAUGAUUGUCUGCCACGAUUGCAAAACUAUGGUGAUCCAGAUAAUCAAGUCCUCACGCACAAGUCGCAGCAACGCCAUUCGUAACCUGACACUCGAUCUUUCUCCUGUGUAUUGAUCUUGUUUUAUCACCUCAACCUGCCUACAGUUCUGUACGAAUGCAACAAUAGAUAUAAUAAUUUGUGUGAUAUUAAUUUAAAUCUUGUUUUACAACUUUCAUAAUUUUCAAAAUGAUAUGUAUAUAAUUGUAAUAAGGUUAUGUAGAUACGUUACGGAUUUUAGUGUUUGUAAAUUAUUAUUGUUAAAUAAUUGUGUAAAUUUAGGUUAAAUAUGUUCAAAGAUUACACCACUAUGUUGUUGAAUUUUUAGCACAAUGCAUACUGAAAGUGAUCCUGAGGAAUUAUAUUUGAUAUUAGAGAAAUGAUAAUGGAUAUCCUGUAUAUAUUUUCAAACAGGUUCUUCCAACAGCAAUCAAUCAAAUAUAUAAUAAAGUUCUAUUAGCUUUAAUUAGAAACGUGAUAAUAUAUAUGUAUAUUGAACGUAAUUUUUGAAAAAUAAUGAAGUUACAAAAAAGUCUGUAGAUGAACUGUAGAAUAAUGUUGCGUCUAAGAGAUAUUCAUAUUUUUAAUAAUUUAUUGGUGCAAAUUAAAUAUUUGUACCCAACCAACUUAAGAAAUGUUACAGUUAUAUAAUAACAAACUUGUAUUUUCACUCAGUUUUAUUAAAUUGCAAAACAAAUUUUAUAAUUAAAUGAUCAUACUCCUUUUUGUAUUUACUGAUUAUAUUUGAAUCCAUGUGUAGUUUUUAAUUUUAAAAAAUUAUUAUUUUAUUAUAUUCUUAAUGAAUUGGUUUAAAAAUACUUGAAUCUCUAUUUGUAAUAUUGAGACAAGAAACAGAUAACAUUGAGAACUUAAUGAGGACACUGAACAUACAUAGUGUAUGAGAUCUUAUCACAUUCAUAAUGAGUUCCCGCCAACCAGGAAGUACUGAGAGUGCUCUUAUUAAGUUGCCAAUUUAUCUGGUUCUUUUUCACUUUCAAAGUCAUGGACUUUGCCCAAUAACUAAUAGACCAUUCUUGUUUCUAAUUCUAAAUGUUCUACAUAUUGUGUUCUUCAUUGCAACCCUAAAAUAUUGUCAAGUUGACAUCUGUGUUAUCAAAUAUUUUACAAAAUGAUGGUAUAGUUAUACAAAUUUUACUCUACAAUAUCUAUUUUAAUAAGAACAUUCAUAAAAUCAUGUAUUAAACUUGUUCCCGAUCUUCCCCAAUUUCUCGUUUGUUACAAUACAAAUAAAACCUCCACCUUUCUCAUACUUGUUCAGUGUAAAUAUGCUUCUUGGUCAAGACUUAAUGCACUGUUUUUAUUCAGGCUUCCAAGUGCUUUUUUUGUUUGCCAAUCAGUUUAAUUGCUUAAAAAUCAACCAAUUGACAAAUUUUAAGGCCUAUACAUUUUUUUAUAAUAUCAAAAAAUGUAAAAGCUAUGUUUUAAUUUAUAUCACUAUAAAAAUAAUUAUGUUCAUUUUUACAUGCUACUCAAUCCCUACAAACUGUUAUAAAUAAAUCCAAAUUAUAAAUUUUUAUUCACAAACCCUUCUAAGUUUACUUUCCAACAAAAUAGUUUCAAUGAACAAAAUUGGUACACUUUAACAUACCAGCAGCUAUAUGUAACCACUCAUAAUUUAUAACACUGAUUUAAAAUUCCUAAAUUAGUUUUUUAUGAUACCUAAAUCUGUGUUAGAUGUUCACAGUUAUUGUAUAUAAAGUAAAUAUAUGAACUUAUAAAGAGA